CGGGCACUUUGAUACACGUUUCGAAACACUGCUUCGUUUACAUGGAGGUUUCGAAGCUUGUUUCGAGCACGCCCCUCAUAUGCUAGCAGAAGCUACAUGUUCUCUAUUUACAACUCAGGAUUUUAUCCUUUAACUGAGAACUCGUUAUGUCUCAGGUGGAGAAGAAAGCAGGUCUCUUGAGGAGGACGUCAUCCUCCAAAAAACCCUUAAAAGAGAAGGUGGUGCUGAUGUAUGAUGAGAUCUUUGCGAAAGACGAUCCAGCCAAAAACAAUCCUCGCUUCUGGGACGAGCUGUUUCUUAUGAAGGUGAAUCUGGAGUAUUUGGAGUCCAAGUUGGAGAGUGUAGAUGGGGAGGAGGUCCAGCGCAUCCAGGACAACAUCAACUCUUUGUUCCAUCACUGUGUCCAGGCUCUGGGAGAUGAGCACCAGAUCAAAGUGGUCAACGCCCUGCAGACUCUCUGUGCACUUUUUCGAGGCGUUCAUCAGAAGAACAAGUCAGCGUCUGGCUUUGACAUCAUCAACAUGCUCAUGGGGUUUGACAAGGCUGAACAGCGGAUGAAGGACCUGAUGGAGAGACUGGACAGUCUCCUGUGUGGAGAUGGAUCAGAGAGUCUGAAGAGUCUUUGUCUCAAACUGCUGCUGUGUCUGGUGACGGUAACAGACAACAUCAGUCAGAACACCAUCCUGGAAUAUGUGAUGAUCAACAGCAUCUUUGAGGCAAUUCUACAGAUUCUGUCAGAUGUGUCCAGCAGGGGGCAGCAUGGUUACGAUGCUGUGGUUCUUUUGGCUCUGUUGGUGAAUUAUAGGAAGUAUGAGUCUGUCAAUCCGUACAUUGUCAAACUGUCCAUCAUGGACGACGAGCCGACACUUGACGGAAUGGGGAUGGUUGUCCACCACGCUCUGACAGAAUAUAACAGACAGUACAAAGACAAAGAGGAGGAGAAUCAAGGUGGAUUCUUCUCCACACUCACCAGUAUGGUGGGCAGCAUGUUUAUCGCAGAUGCCGAUGAGAAACUCUCUGUCCAGACCAAUGAAGCCAUCCUGCUGGCGCUCUACGAGGCCGUGCAUCUCAACCGCAACUUCAUCACUGUGUUAGCUCAGAGCCACCCUGAGAUUGACAUGACGCCUACACCCGUGACCCCCACCCCGACCACGCCCACAACGCUGCUCGGCACCACGCCGCCCUCCUUAGACAUGAUGAACAGUCCAGAACUACCCCUGGAUCCUAACUUACAGACCAGUAAUCUUCUCAUCACCUUCCUGAAGUACGCCUCCAUUGUAAUGCAGGACACUAAAGACGAGCACAGACUCAACAGUGCACGGCUCUGCCUCAUCAUCCUCACCUGUAUCGCUGAGGACCAGUACGCCGACGCCUUUCUUCACGAUGACAACAUGAAUUUCAGAGUCAGUCUCCACAGAAUGCCGAUGCGACACAGAAAAAAGGCAGCGGACAAGAACAUCCCGUCUCGACCACUGGUGUGUGCCGUUCUAGACCUGAUGGUGGAGUUCGUCGUCACUCACAUGAUGAAGGAUUUUCCGAUGGAUUUGUACUUGCGCUGUGUGCAGAUCAUCCAUAAGCUGCUGUGCUACCAGAAGAAGUGCAGAAUCCGGUUACACUACACGUGGAGAGAGCUUUGGUCAGCGCUCAUCAACUUGCUGAAGUUCCUGCUGUCCAAUGAGACCACACUGCUGGCCAAGCACAACAUAUUUCACCUGGCGUUACUGGUGGUCAACCUGUUCAACAUGUUCAUAACGUACGGCGACACCUUCCUGCCUACCUCCAACAGCUAUGACGAGCUCUACUAUGAAAUCGUGCGAAUGCACCAAGUCUUCGAUAACCUCUACUGUAUGGUUCUGAGAGUGUCGACCAACGUGGGCCAGUGGAAGGAGCCGGCCAGCAAAGUUACCCACGCACUCGUCAACGUUCGAGCCAUCAUUAACCAUUUUAACCCAAAGAUUGAGUCCUACGCUGCUGUGAACCACAUCUCCCAGCUGUCAGAAGAGCAGGUGUUGGAGGUGGUUCGAUCCAACUACGACACUCUGACCCUCAAACUGCAGGAUGGCCUGGACCAGUUUGAGCGGUACGCAGAGCAGCCCAAAGAGGCCCACUUCUUCAAGGAGCUGGUUCGCUCCAUCAGUGUGAACGUGAGGAAAAAUGUUUCUCUGAACACGCUGAGUCAGGACGUCCUGCUCAAAGAAUUCUCCUUCAUCUCUUGAACCUGCAUGUGGAUGCUGCUGACGCCGGACCAUCCUCGCCUUCUCGUGCUGUGAUUCUUCCUGAAGCCAAACCAUGAAAACGCUCUGGUUUUGUAUAACUCUGAGAAUUACCCAUAGUGCACUGGUUCUCUGUGUGCACUCAGCAGUAUUGGCUGGACUGUUAACUGACUUAAAUCGUAUAAAAACAAAUUUUUUCCACAGAUUUUAAUAUCUGAUCAUUUUGUAAGUAGCUUCUGUUUCCAGACUGAUUGCCCUCAUUAAUUUAUCUCUGGAGUGAAUCGUGUUUCUUUCUGAAUAAUAAAAUCUGGAGUUCUGAAGUCGACCUGUUUGUGAAUCUCACAGAAACUUCAAAUUUUCCCGUCUGGUCUCUGGCCUGAUCAUGUGCAGCCACACCCACUUUUACAUG